UCCCAAGGCAUCACAUGGGGCUGCUGGCUGUCCAAAGCCGCAGCUCCUGCUCUCUGCGCUUGGCUGGACGUGGCUGGGGGCUGCUGCGAGAGCCCUGCCCAAGGGUCCCGCUGGGCUCUGGGGACCACGUGGCAGCCAGGUCCCGAGAGCAGAGCUGCCCAGAGCCCCUGCUUCCUUUAGGCAUGCUCGGUCCCCUGUGAUAGGGCAGUCCGAGGCCAGGUUUCCCUGGCAGACGGUGUUUCCGUAGGUUGCAGCUCUGGGAGGAAAGGCAUCCCGUGUCCCAGAGGCUUCCUAUGUCCCCGUUUCCCCCUGGGGCUCCGAAUAAGGCUGAAAUCGGAGCAAAGCCCAGCUCCGGUAGCCAUGGUGGUGCUUUUUUGGGGUGUGUGCGUGUGCCUGCACCGAUCGCUGUCUGUGUGAGGAGCUUGCCAAGCAGCUGUGAAGAGGCUGGCCUGGAGCCUGACUUGUCUUUUCUUUCCUUUGCAGAGAUUGUGGCAGUCUGGGACGCUGUGUCUGAUUACAUCCUGGAACAGAUGAAGCUGGACAAGGGAGUCCUGAUUCCGGGACUCGGGGUCUUUGCUGGGGUCCGAGAGCAAUUCCACAGCAAAGAAGAGGCGCUUCCGGUUCUAAGGCCUGUCUUCCAGCUGGACAUCGGGGUGCUGUGGCUGCAGGAACUCCAGUCUCCCAACGACAUCAUCCCUGACGACGUCAAGAUUGAGCCGCUCAACUACCGGCAGCUCUCGCGAGCCUCCGGCGUCCCGCUGCACUUGGUGCCACGCUGCGUGCGGGAGAGCGUGCUCCUGUACUGUCACCUCCUGAGGAGCAGGGAGCCCGUCUCGUUCGUGUUCAAGAACCUCGGCGUUAUGACCUGCCAAGACGGCUUCCUCCUCAUGAGGUUCUUCUGCAGCUGCGUUGAAACGCUGGAGAGCAAUGCCCCCGUCCUCGCACUGAUCCACACCAGAUUCUGGACGGACGAUUCUGCUGACUUCGGGCCAGAGACCGCUGCCCAUGGCAUCCACGUGUUCCCGAGGUUUCAGCUCACCGUGGAAAAGAGCAGAGCAGAGGCCGCCGCAGAAAAAAAAGCUGCCAUACAGCGGAAGAUGAGUAAAGGGGUCUCUGCCGGCAGGCUGCUGCAGAGGCGGAAGACACUUCCCCCCUCCAUGCUGCUGCAGCGCAAGCCGAGCUCAAGGCAGCAAGAUGUGGCGAAGGAGCCUUCUGGCAGUGCGCUCCCGCCGUGUGCAGGCAGCUCCCGUGGGACAAAGAAAGCGGGACAGAAGGAAACAUCUGCUGCCCAGACCAGCGCUGCACUCCCUGCCACCGAGGAGUCUAAGAGAGCGCUGCAGGAGCUCCGCAAAGAGUCUGCCCUGUGGAAAGAAGCAGACCACACGUGGCCCAUGCACCAACAGCAAAUAGAGCGAGCACAGGCAGAAAUGGCGGCAUGGGAAGGCUGGAGCGCAGGGGAGGACCAGCAUCCGCCCCAGCUGCUGGCCAGGGAGAGAGUGCGUGUUCCGCAUCCUCCAGCCCAGCCCAGGAGACAGCAAGUGGAAAGGAGAUGGAGGAAGGACGAGGGUCUGCUGCCGGGAAGUAUAAUGGGGACGACGACCAAGCUGACACUGCAUGCUGACCUCCUUUCCCCGCGAGCGGCUCAGGUGCUCCGAAGGUUGGAGCCGCACCUCCAUCAGCAAGAGGUUUUUGCCGGCACAGCAGAAAGAAACCGGCAGAAGCUGGAGCAGAAGCGGCACCUCCUCCGGGCUGAAUGCUCGCACGGCUCCAGAGGGGAAGGUGCAGCCAUCGGUGGUGACCGCGGUGGAGCUCUCGGCACGGGGGCUGGGAAGCCGUCCAGAUUUCCACCUGUGAAUGGAAGAUCGUAG